AUGUCUAUCAACAUCGGUAUCAACGGAUUUGGCCGUAUUGGCCGCCUUGUGAUGAGGGCUGCUGCCAACAAACCAAAUAUCAACAUUGUGGCUGUCAAUGACCCUUUUAUUCCUGUCGAGUACAUGGAAUACAUGUACAAGUACGAUUCAACACAUGGCCGUGCGGGUGAAGAAGUUUCUCACGACAAAGAUGCUGGAACUAUUAGCAUUGGAGGAAAACCCAUCAAGGUUUUUGGUGAAAUGGACCCCUCCAAUAUCAAAUGGGGAGAUGCCGGGGCUGAUUAUGUGGUGGAAUCUACUGGCGUUUUCACCAGCACUGAAGGCGCUUCCAAGCACAUGACAGGUGGUGCCAAGAAGGUCAUCAUUUCUGCUCCCUCUGGUGAUGCUCCCAUGUUUGUGAUGGGAGUUAAUGCUGAGAAGUAUGAGAGUUCCAUGGAUGUUGUCUCCAAUGCUUCCUGUACCACCAACUGUUUGGCUCCCCUUGCCAAGGUGAUCAAUGAUGAAUUUGGCUUGAAGGAGGGUUUGAUGACCACUGUCCAUGCUGUGACUGCCACCCAGCAGACUGUUGAUGGGCCAUCCCAGAAGGACUGGAGAGGAGGACGUGCUGCCUGCUACAACAUUAUUCCGUCCUCCACAGGAGCUGCCAAGGCUGUUGGCAAGGUCAUUCCCGAGUUGAAUGGCAAGCUCACUGGGAUGUCUUUCCGUGUCCCCACUAUCAAUGUGUCUGUUGUUGACUUGACCUGCCGAUUGGAGAAGGGUGCUUCUUAUGAAACCAUCUGUGCUGCCAUCAAGGCUGCAUCUGAAGGACCCAUGGCUGGAGUCCUUCAAUACACCAAUGAGGAUGUUGUUUCUUCUGAUUUCAUUGGUGAUACCCACUCCUCUAUUUUUGAUGAGAAGGCAGGAAUUGCUUUGACUGAUGAUUUUGUGAAGCUUGUUUCCUGGUAUGACAAUGAGGCUGGAUACAGUACUCGAGUGCUUGACCUCAUUGAGCACAUGGAGUCCCAAAAAUAA